AUGCAACACCCGACGCCACGCAUAUGCAACAGCCCUCCCACAGCGAGCCAAACAACGCUCCCAAAAGUCAACCAAAGACGAGUCAAUCAUCCAAUCACUGCUUCACACCGUUCUGAAAUAGACUUCCAUCCUACAUACAUCAAGACACUUAUGCAUCUCCCCCAAAUGAGCCAAGGAGGGAGGGCACAGAGCUACUCGUACGUACAUGUAUCUAGGUCGCUAGCUAUUGGAAAGGGGCGCGCUCUCGAAUUUAAAUACGUACGACUGGCACCAGUACUCGUAUAA